AUGUCCCUUGCGGGCGUCCUCGGGGCAGGUCUCAUUGCUCUCGUUGCUAGUUUUAUAAUAUCAGACGGCACGGCCUCAACGUCAACUCUCUACUGCGUCUCCAACCCCUCGUCAUCUCGUAUUCUCACGCUUAACAGCUCGACUCCACAUGCAAAAUGCUUUCGUGUACAAGGCGGGAUUUUCAUAGACGUUUUGGAAGAGAUACCAGACACUAGCGAGGGGAUCAGGUCUUUGGAUGGAUACGUCCUCCCCGGUCUCAUCGACGGGCAUGGCCAUAUCUUGCAAUAUGGCGAGAUGUUGGAGUCGGUCUGGCUGUACGGAGCUGAGAGUAUCGCGGAAGUGAGAAGGAGGAUCAAAAAGUUUUUAAAGAAGCAUCAAGGCGAGGGAUACGGUUCACACGAUAAAUGGAUUCGAGGCAUUGGGUGGGACCAAAAGUAUUUCGGGGGAAUUAUGCCUACUGCUAAAGAGCUAAGAGAAGACCCAUCAUUAUCAGAUCUCUACAUCAUGCUAGACCGCGUCGAUGUCCACUGCGUUCUGACCUCCCAAAAAGUCCUUGAUCUUCUCGCCGAUCCUCUGCCAGAAGCACCUCCAGGAGGCGUCAUAAUCACAGAUCCCGGUCCCGGAGUCUUCUGUGACAACGCAAUGGACGCCAUCAUUUAUCCAUUGGCUCCGAAACCGGAUGUUGCACAAAAGACUCGAUGGUUCCACACGGCCAUGGCUGAGUUGAACAAAGUCGGCAUAGUUGGAAUUGGAGAUGCGGGGAUGAGACCUGAUGAUGUCUCGAUUCUGGAGUCGAUGGUUGAAAAAGAUGAGCUCACGAUUCGGAUCGAUGUGAUGCUGGAGUGUGCGGAGAGAAACACUUACUGUCCUGAAGAGACCAAAGGAUUGAAGCUCCUGAAUUCUCCGGACGGAAUGGGAGCUGAUAUGUUGAUGCUGGGAGGCGUGAAGCUUUUUGCUGAUGGAGCACUUGGAUCUUGGGGAGCUGCGCUGUUAGAGCCAUAUUCUGACAAGCCUGAGACAAAUGGAACGAUGCUAAUAAAUGAAACAGCUUUGACCAGCGUGGUGAAAGUUUGGUUUGAUGCAGGGUUCCAGGUGAACAUCCAUGCCAUUGGAGACAGAGCCAAUCGUGCAGCAGUUGAUUCUUUUGAAAAUGUUCUUGGUCCUGACUGCGAAGGGUGCAACGAAGCGAGGAGAUUGAGAAUCGAGCAUGCACAAAUCAUAGCAAGUUUCUCAAGUGCUCAUCCAAAUGACCAGAAAAGAAUUUCAAAGAUGGGAAUAAUCCCCAGCAUCCAACCCACGCAUGCAACAUCCGACAUGGCAUAUGCUCUUUCCCGUCUGGAUACUGACCGACUGGCAAACUCAGCCUACCGAAUGCGUUCUCUCUUCCCCUCGUCCUCUAUACCAUCCACCUACCCUGGACCCGUCCUUGGUUCCGACUUCCCAGUCGAGCCUCCCAACCCUUUCCAUGGCAUGUACGCAGCAGUGACUCGUCUAAAUCCCGCUACGGGAGAGAGCCCGGCAGGAGAAGGAGGUUGGCAUCCAGAAGAGAAGCUUAGUGUUGAACAGGCGCUGUUAGGAUUCACGAGAAAUGCAGCAUAUGGGUGGUUCAAAGAGGGACGGUUGGGAGCCAUAGAGAAGGGUAUGUGGGCGGAUUGGGUGGUUAUUGAUAAAGACAUUUCCGCGGACCUGGGGAAAGGUCUGAGGGAUCUGGUGGUUAGGGAGACGUGGGUUGGCGGGAGGAGGGUGUUUCCGUUGAAUAAGAAAGUUGUCGAAGAGAGUUGGAUCGAUAGGGCUUCUGCCGCGGGUUGGGAGUUUCUGGAGAGUGCAGCGACCUGGGCGAGGGGAAUUGGGAGAGAAGACCUUUAA